UUGACACCAACGGGCACUUCCCUGCUCUCGUGACGAGAAACUCAUCGACCUUUGAUUUCAGAGCUCGAUUCUCUGCAACUGAGGAUAACUUCAUCAGUGUCGUUUUUUUUUUGUUCGUGGGUAAUUGUGUUUGCGGCAUUUCCUCCCUGUGCAACAUCAAUUCGACUUGCACUAUCAAGGUAAGUGAGCCAAACCAACAAAAGAUCGUCCAAAGCAUGCAACUUAUCUGGGUCAUGACUCCAUCCCCAAGCCCCUCAUUAGCUGUCCUCCUCAUAAUUACGCUUCCCCGUGAUACUCAAACCUCACUCUUGUGUGAAUGUUUCCAGCCUUUGUCGAAUUGUCCUUCUGAGUUCUCAGAUUGCUCUCAUCAUAUCUCACCAGCCGCCUCUCAAAGAUUAAGAUAUCUCUUGUCACCGACCCUGUACUGACUCUUAUCUGUGAAGACCUUGAGUCCUGAGCUCCCAGUUCGCUCUAUUGCUUAUCUUCAAGCCUUGAGUGUAUUUAUCCCCAUUCGAGGUGUCCUGUUGCCUGCGUCUGAUUGUCAAUGCUUUUCCAGACUGCGACUUCACUCCUCCGUUCAGCUCCACGACGAUUAGCCGCAGCUUCACGCCUAUCCUCUCGCCGUUGGAUCUCAUCUGAAACAAUGACCAAGCUCGACACUACCUCCAGGCUCACCCGCCUGAGAGGCUUGAUGAAGGAGCGCAAUGUUCAUAUUUACAUUGUCCCUUCUGAGGAUAGCCACUCGUCUGAAUAUAUCGCAGAUUGUGAUGCCAGACGUGCUUAUAUCUCUGGGUUCACUGGUUCUGCUGGAUGUGCUGUUGUUACACUUGAGUCUGCUGCUCUUGCUACUGACGGUCGUUACUUCAACCAGGCCACAUCUCAACUCGAUAGCAACUGGACACUUCUUAAACAAGGCCUCCAAGACGUUCCUACAUGGCAAGACUGGUCUGCUGAGCAGUCUUCUGGUGGAAAGAAUGUUGGCGUUGACCCAACACUCAUCUCCGGUUCAACUGCCAAGAACCUUGCCGAGAAAAUCCGAAAGAAUGGCGGAGCUGAGCUUGUACCUGUUGAUGGAAACCUUGUCGAUCUGGUAUGGGAAGAUGAGCGUCCUUCUCGUCCCUCGGAACAAGUUAUCAUCCAGCCUGACGAGCUUGCAGGAGAGUCUGUCCUGAAUAAGCUCACCAAGGUCCGCCAGGAGCUGGAAAAGAAGCACUCCCCUGGUUUCUUAGUAUCCAUGCUGGAUGAGAUCGCCUGGCUGUUCAAUUUGCGCGGUAACGAUAUCCCUUACAACCCCGUCUUCUUCGCGUAUGCUACUGUUACCCCUGAUGCUGCUAAGCUUUACAUCGACGAAGCCAAGCUGGACGACAAGUGCCGCUCGCACCUCACCUCGAACAAAGUCGACAUCAAGCCAUACGAAGCUAUCUUCGACGAUGCCCAGGCACUGCACGCCGCUCAUGCUGAAAAGAGCAAGUCUGGCGACAAGGUUCCUACUGGCAACUUUCUCAUUUCCAACAAGGGCUCAUGGGCACUUAAGCGUGCUCUGGGAGGAGACUCUUCGGUCGAUGAAAUCAGAAGUCUAAUUGGCGAUGCCAAGGCCAUCAAGACUGAGGCUGAAUUGAAGGGUAUGAGGGAUUGUCAUGUGAGAGAUGGCGCUGCACUCAUCCAGUAUUUUGCCUGGCUUGAGGACCAGCUUGUAAACAAGAAGGCCACACUUGACGAGGUUCAAGCGGCCGACAAACUUGAAGAGCAUCGAAAAGAAAAGAAGGACUUUGUCGGCCUCUCAUUCCCCACCAUCUCCUCUACCGGUGCAAACGCUGCAAUCAUUCACUACGGCCCUGAGCGUGGCAACUGUGCCACUAUCGACCCUGAAGCUAUCUACCUUUGUGAUUCAGGAGCACAAUACCGCGAUGGUACCACGGACACCACUCGUACCUUGCACUUUGGAAAGCCUACAGAUGCAGAGAGGGAGGCGUACACUUUAGUUUUGAAAGGUCACAUCUCUUUGGAUCAAGCCAUUUUCCCUAAGGGAACCACAGGCUUUGCACUCGAUAGUCUGGCAAGACAACAUCUUUGGAAAAACGGGUUGGACUACAGGCAUGGUACCGGACACGGAGUUGGUUCAUUCCUGAAUGUCCAUGAAGGACCCAUUGGUAUUGGCACUCGUGUCCAAUAUGCUGAAGUAGCACUGGCUCCAGGAAAUGUGCUGUCAAACGAGCCCGGCUAUUACGAAGAUGGGAAGUACGGCAUCCGAAUAGAAAACAUGGUUCUCGUCAAGGAGGUCAAAGCCAAGCACUCCUUUGGUGACAAGCCGUUCUUGGGCUUCGAGUACGUGACGCUUGUGCCGUACUGCCGGAACCUGAUCGACACAACGCUACUCACGUCUGAAGAGAAGGAGUGGCUCAACACUUACAACGCAAAGGUUCUGGAGAAGACGCAAGAAUAUUUCGAGGGAGACAAUGUGACAUUGGCCUGGCUCAAGAGGGAGACCCAGCACAUUGAGUGAAGUAACGGAAUCGGCCUGAGCAAUACUAUAGACGUACGAAGGUAGCUAGGAUGAAUGUUACAAGAAACGACGCAGUGAAUAAUGGCCUUUCCUUGCUCUUGUUCCAUACCGAGCUAUUCUUCAAGAGCUUCUCGAUACCAAGAGUCCGAGGAAUAUCCAAACCCCAGCGAGAUGCGACCUGAAUACGUGAGACGACAUUGAGUGAGCCUAUUGGUAGAGGGUGACUUACAUGGAUGGAAAAGGCAAUUAAUCCAGUGAGAAGUGCGAGGGUGCGGGAAAAGAGGGCUACUACAACGCCGAUUCCAAAUCCUUGAGACAGACUGUGAGCUUCGAUUCAUAUGACACAAGGCGAAACCUCUAGAGGACGUCGGCGUGGAGGAGGCCCUGUAGCAAGUGUCGGGGCAUCACAACGGAUGACGGGUCGAGUUGCAAUGAAAGCUCCUACGCAAGUCGCAGGGGCAAUGCCUCGGCUCAUGGCCCGGAAGGCUACUCGAGAGUUGAAGGCUCGAUGCAUGUUCAUGGAAAUAGCUCGUUUUGAGAAUGAUAUAGCCAAUUGAUGAUAUGUAAUUGGGAAAGGA